CACAACAAUGCGAACAUGCUCCAAGUUGAUUGGAAAUAGCCAAGAUUUCACAACAAUUGCUCCCUUGUGGUCAUCAGACAGUACAUCAGACAGUUAAGCUGUGUUCGGUUUGACAGGACACACGCCUUCCUUCAACAUUUUAGCAAGAGGCAAGGAUGACAAUCGGUUGGAAGACGCUGGACGUUGGAGAGCAGGCUCUCAUCUACGACAUCCAAGGUCGUGCAAGGGUGGAGGAAGGACCGAAAAGGAUAUUCCUGUUCCGAGAGACGUUUAAGAGACUUGCGCGUUACAGCGCAAACCAGACUGAGUUCAUCAUUAUCACCAAUAAAAAUGGCCUUAAAGAGCACCUGCCUGGACCAGCUGUGGUUUACAAAAAUCCUCUUGUUCAUGAGAAUGUAUCAAUCUCAGACGGAAUUUCACUGGAUGCGAACGAAGUGCUUGUUUCGUACAGGAUUGAAGAGGACUGCAAUGUUCAGCGACACAUUCACUACGGCCCCAUGUUGUUCAUGCAAGAAGCCAGUGAAUGGCUUCACCUGUUUGAGUGGCACGGCAAAGACCCGGUGAGCAAGACAAGGAAAAUCCCAGGUCAGCUCAAGUUCACCAAACUCAGGGUCAUCCCUGACCAGUUCUACUACAACGUAGAGGAGGUAAGGACUGCCGACGAUGCUGUUAUCACUGUCAAACUGAUGAUCUUCUACGAACUAAAGAACAUUGAACAAAUGUUAAAUUCCACUCAAGACCCAAUUGCUGAUUUCAUCAAUUGUCUUUCUGCUGAUGUUGUGGCAUACGCGUCUAAACUCACGUACUUGGAAUUUAUUGAGAGAUCAGGAGAAUUAAACGAGAAUGCACGCUACCCUCAACUGCAUGAACGCUGCAAGGUGAUUGGCUAUGAAGUGUCUAAGGUGGUCUAUCGUGGGUACCAUGCGGAUGACAAACUUCAGAGGAUGCACAAUCGGGCAGUGGCAGAGAGAGCCAAACUCAAAAUUAAUUUUGAAAAAGAGCAACAGGAACAGAGUUUAACAGAUUUUCAGCUGGAACGAGAAAUGGAGCGGAUAGAGACAGAACAGAAGAUGGAAGUAGAAGCAUUGGAACAUAUCCACAAGAUGGAGAAAGCCCAAAUGCUACACAGGCUAAAACUGAAGACUGAAGAGCAAGAGGAGAUAAUCCAACAGUACAUAGAGCAGAAACAGAGCAGUCUGCAGGGGAAGAAACUCGAAAAUGAUCAGAAAAUCCGCCAUUAUGGACAGCUUCAGCAGAUGAGCGUGGAUUUGACGCAGUACCUACUCAGUCUUUCGGAGAGACCCGAAAAGAUUGUGAGAGUUAUUGCUCCUUCUAAUGCUAACAACAUUCACUUCCAUCAUGACAGACUUUGAGCUCUGUGUGAAGGAUGGACAGUAGCUGCUAAGUUAAUGGUGGGGACCCGAAAAGGUCAUGGCCCCUGGUUAUGCGACUGACAUCAACCAUCAUCCGACAAACUUGAAGAACCAUGCAGGUCAUAGUUCAUGCGUGUAAAAGUAUAAAAAUUUUUCGCUGGCGAAAACUUUGUUUUAGUUAUUCAUGUAUAAUGUCAUACUUGUAGCACUCAGAUGUCAAAUUGUGUCAAAUAACACAAUUUGUGAAACAAAUGGUUUUUUUGGCUUUUUUUUUUGUAUAGCUUCAAUUUAUCUAAGCUUACAAAAUUAGACUUUAAAAUUUUUAUGGAUCAACUACAUCUACCUCAUGCUGUUCCAUCAAUUUUCCCAUUACAGAACUUUAUCCAGUCACACUCAGGCUGAUCAGUCCAUACUGGAACAUUGCCUAUAUAUUUUAUGUGUCAUCUUAUUUCAGUCUCUUUUGU